AAUAUUCAUCAACCCCACGUAGACUUCUAAAUUCCCAAGUCUCAAGUAGAUUGAGUGAACUUGAAUCCAACAAUUUAGAAAUGGAUGUGACUAAAGUUCUCCACAUGAAGGGAGGAAUUGGACACUCGAGCUACCAUACCAACUCGCUGCUUCAGAAAAGGGUUAUCACGAUCACGAAGCCCAUAACAGAGGAAGCCAUUCUUGAUCUCUAUUCAACCAGGUUGCCUAAAAAGCUGGCCAUCGCGGAAUUGGGUUGCUCUUCUGGACCCAAUACCUUAUUUGUGGUUUCCGUGCUCAUUGAUGCCAUCAAUAAGAAAUGUCGCCAGCUCGAACGUCCAUGUCCAGAGUUUCAAGUGUUCCUGAACGACUUACCAGAAAACGACUUCAACACCAUCUUCCGGUCUCUUGCCCAUUUCUGUGGGAAACUAAAGGAGGAGAAAGGAGAUGACUUGGGGCAAUGCUUUAUCUCAGGAACUCCUGGUUCCUUCUAUGGUAGGCUCUUCCUAAGAGAGAGUAUCCACUUUGUUCACUCUUCUUAUAGUCUCCAAUGGCUAUCUCAGGUUCCUCAAGGGCUCGAGAGUAGUAACAAGGGAAACAUUUUCAUCUCAAAAUCAAGCCCUCCAUGCGUGCUCAAAGCUUACUAUGAGCAAUUCGAGAGCGAUUUCUCAGAAUUUCUGAGGUUACGUUCGGAAGAAUUGAUCCUUGGAGGCCGUAUGGUACUAACGAUUCUGGGGAGGAGAAGCGCAGAUCCCUCCAGUAGAGAGUGUUGUUACAUAUGGGAGCUCUUGGCCUUGGCACUCGGUGACAUGGUCUCGGAGGGAUGGAUCGAGGAGGAGAAGGUCGACUCUUUCAAUUUGCCUCUUUAUAGUCCAUCCCUUGAAGAAGUAAAGUCUGUGAUAUUAAAGCAAGAAUCCUUUGGCAUAAAUCGGCUGGAGAUUUCAGAAGUAAACUGGAGUACGGAAGAAGACUUGAAUAGUGGUAUGAGUGAGGAGGGAUUUUCGUUUGAUAAACAAAGUAUUGGGCACAAUGUGGCAAAGUACAUGCGAGCUGUGUCAGAGUCGUUGAUUGCUAGUCACUUUGGGGAUAGCAUAAUAGAGGAGUUGUUCUAGAGGUAUGGGGAGAUACUCGUCGGCCGCAUGUCGAAGGAGCAGACCAAGUUCAUCAAUGUCGUCGUCUCCAUGACAAGGAGAGGAUGAUCGAUGAGUUGAUAAAGACAGGCCAUCUCUGUUCAUCCAUUAUUAAUUAUCAUUUCCAUGACAAAGAAGAUAUAUAUAGGUUGACGAAGAUGUCCAAUAUGGUAUUAGUGAGAUGGAGUGGUGUGGUAAUUACCUGAAGGGGAGAGGAACCAAGGUCUUCUUGUUGGCUAUAAAAGCAUGUAAUAAUGAGGUUGGAGGCGUUCCCCACACCCCUUAGAUAGUGUGAGAUUGUGACAGGAGGUCAUGAUACGGAACGAUCCAAUCUCUGUAUUAAUGAGAGGCAGCCGAUUAUUGAAAUACAAAAA